AUUCAUUUAUUUGCAGGGAGAGGCAUUGCUGACAAGGCUCAAGCUCUGUUUGUGUUUGGAGACUCUUACGCCGACACAGGAAAUAAAGAUCCAUACAACCAAAGUAUAAACCAGCCAUGGAGAAAGCCAUACGGUUUGACCUGGCCUGGCUUUCCUGCAGGCAGAUUUUCUUCUGGAAAAACCCAGACAGACUUUUGGGGGGAUAUUUUAGGGCUUCCCUCUCCCAUAGCUUAUGAGCUACUGAAAAGUCAUGACUGUAAAGCAACUGCAAAGAAGAUUAGACAUGGUGUGAAUUUUGCAGUGGGAGGCAGCGCAAUAUUUCAAGCCUACGGUUUCAUAACAGUAGCAGAACAGGUGAAGCAGUUCAAGAAGCUGAUAGGAGGAAGUCAGGGGUUCUAUUCUCACAAGCUCUCGCAGUCUGUAGUUCUUAUCUCUGCGGCUGGCAAUGACUACGAAUUCCUUGCUAGCAGAAACGGCUCCGUUGAGGGGAUGAUAGAUCUCGUGAGACCUGUGGUAAGCGGGACACUCGACGUUGUGAAAGAGUUGUACGAAAGCGGGCUUAGGAAUUUUGCGGUGAGUAAUGUCGAUCGGUUAGGGUGCGAACCUCAGAUCGGCAAAACAUCCUGUGAUUCAAAGUACGAUGACCUUUUAGCUCUUCAUACAAGAGUACUGAGGGAGAGCGUAGAAAGCCUCAAAUCGGAUCUGGGAAUUGUCCAUCAUAAUUUUAGAUUUGGUGUCUGCAUUUAAUCACAUCUUCUCCAAUCCUGCACAAUUCGGUUUGGUGGAUUUGUUCGUCCCUUGCUGUGCCGAGAACGGGGGGGUUGAAAGGUGUGGAGAGGUGGACGAAAUAGGCAGGCCUUUGUAUAAAGUGUGUUCUAAUGUAGAGGAAAGGUUUCGGUGGGAUUCAGGGCAUCCAACACAGCGAGGAUGGCAUGCGAUAAUGUCUCUGUACAGUAAUGGAGCAAAAGUGGAGAAUAAAACAAUGAGUUUUGUAGAGGGGGCGCCAAAUGUUAUUGCGUGGCUACGCUCACUUGGAUUCGUUGCUUACAGUGUCUCCACACUGUUUUCACCAAGUUAGGGCUUUUUAUGUGCAAUUUGUGGAUCUUUUAAGUAUUCGAACAUUUAUGAUGCUCUGCAAGAGGCCGAGCUUUUAAUUUUUAUUUUUAUUUUACACGCGGAUGAAUUUGAGGGCUCUGUUACCAAUAAUUUGUUCGGUGCAACUGAGCAACCAUCUGAAACCCGUAGUAAAUGUCGCUGCAAAAUAUUAAGGGUUGCUUUCAAUAAAGACAGCUUUGGCAUCAAGCAUUUGUUUUAA